AGUGCAGCCCUGAGUUUUACACAACAACAUAAACAUUCGUGUUCGGCGGAGCAUUUUCCGGGACAAUAACACCUCUGCCGGACAACUGGAGAUGCUCUGAUCACGGGCGUAUGUGGAUGUGGAGCAGCCAACUCCGGAAUCGCCAGCUACGUCGUCAUGAAGGUCCUUUCCCGACUGGGCAGCCUGGUGCGCUACACGGUCGCCUAUGCGGCCAUCACCCACUGCACCUUCGAGUACAUUGGCGACUUCGUCCUGUUACAUACUAUAGCAUCGAGUUCCCAACCAAAACCUGUACCUUGUGUGUCUUUCACCCAGCAUCUGUCACUUCAUCUGUGCAAAGGACCCUCCAUGGAACCCACUCUCUACUCGGACAACGUGCUACUCACCGAGCGCCUGUCGAAGCACUGGCGAACCUAUCAACCCGGCGACAUCGUCAUCGCCGUGUCACCCAUCAACGCCGGCCAGUUCAUCUGCAAGCGAAUCGUGGCCGUGUCCGGUGACCAGGUGCUCACCCAAAAGCCGAUCCCCAUCGAGGCGGAGUACAGCGGGAGCAAGGAAGGUGCCGCCGACAAAAAGAAGCCAGUGAUGAUCAAGGACUAUGUCCCGCGCGGAUACGUUUGGAUCGAGGGCGACAACAAGGGCAACAGCUCGGAUUCGCGUUACUACGGACCCAUCCCAGUGGGCCUCAUCCGGAGUCGCGUGCUCUGCCGCAUCUGGCCAAUAUCCGAGGUCACUGGUCUCUAGAUUGGCCUGUCGUAAAUAGUGUUAUCUUGUUUUAAAUCAAUUUGACCAAUUCAAGUCGCCUAUUUUAAUUGAAAAUUUUAGUAGAUCCCUUGUGUAAGAAAUUUUCUUCUCAUUUGUGCGAUAUUUGGCGACCUGUUGGAUGUGAUUUAAAAUAAACUAGAAAAUCUUUUAAAAAACUGCCAGAAACAUACACAAAUAUUCAUUUAUUUAUUUACCCAAUUCUUAAAUUCAAUAUAAUGCCUUUAACAUGUUAUUUCAUAAAAAAAUCUUAAAUAAAUAAUUCCGUAAAAUUUUAAAUUCGUUCCCUGCUAUAGGAAGAUUUGAAAUACUUAAAAAAUUGUAAAUAAAAUAUGCAAAUAAAAUAUACAAAUGAUCAUUAA